UUAUUCCACUCUGAGUGUGUGUGUGUGUGUGUGUGUGGGUGGCACUACAUUUUUGAGGAAGUCAAGAAACUGAAGAAAAUGGACGACAUGUGUAUGGCUAUGCUUGAUGGAUUUUUUUACCUGUAUCACCGGUGAAAUAUGGGAUCUAUGCCUUUAUGUCAGUGUUCGUGGAGAUGGAUCGAAGAGCAGCGACAUAUCGGCACUAAAACAACGAUGCUAGCUUCUUUGCUAGCUUGCUCUCUGAUGUUUGUUUCUCCGACCCAACGUUACGGUUGAUGUUACAAUUUCAGAUACAGCGUUUAAAACUUAGGUCCUCUUGCUUUAUUACUUACUAAUUGGAGUAACGUUAACUUAAAACGGCCAACUUUACCAGGUGACAUUUAGCGUCUUGCUAACGUUACAUUAGUUAGCUGACUUUAGAGGUAGCUAUUGGCGUUAACCCUAGCCAGAAUUAGUUAAGCUAAUUAACAUAAUGUUAGCUCAAAAGUCAAUGAAUACCCAAAGUAACGUUACACAGUUUAGAUGACAGUGACUAACACAAACAGCUUCGUUUGUUACUCAGCAAUUACGUCGCAAUAAACGUCAAUUCUGUUAAACUAUUUGCAGUUUAUUUGUUCUUACAAACGGACAAUACCGUUACCUCCACGUUUACAAAUGAGGCAUCCUCAAUUAUGAGGUUAAAGGUAAAACAUAACUUCUUACGUUUGCAAAAUCUGUAUUUUAUUGUUCUUCUAGGUAACUUUAAGUUCAAAUAUAAUCUUUGCUUGAUAUAAAUUUCAUAACGACUAACUCACCGGAUGGGGCUGAAAAAAAAGAUACUAUUUUAGGCAAAUUUCUCUGUGUCAACAAAUCAGUUUCCUUUAUUAAAGUAGGUUAUCUAAUGGCUAAACUGUGUUCAAUUAGGGCAGGAGAGUUGGCACAUCUGUAGGUAGUAACAUUUUUACAGAACAGCCUCAUCAAGUGUAGCUCAUAACUACCAGAAAUGCGUCUUUCCUCUUUUUUGGCCGUGUUCAGGCCUGCUUUACCCCUUAUCCUCGGGCUGUCUCUGGGAUGUAGUCUGAGCCUUUUGAUGGUGUCCUGGACACAAGGGGAUACCGAUGACUCCUGUGGAGAUGAACUGGUCAAUGGGAGGCUUUUCAUGGGCAGAAGAGAUGCCCAGGGAGACUCAAGGGAUGGUGCUGGAGAUGAAGACGUCCAGCCACGUAUAGUGCCUUAUCACAAAGAUCCAAACAAGCCACACAAAAAAGUCCUCAGAACUCGUUAUAUUCACACUGAACUGGGCAUCAGAGAGCGACUGCUGGUGGGUGUACUGACCUCCCGGGCCACCCUCAACACGCUGGCUGUGGCGGUGAAUCGCACAGUUGCCCACCACUUCCAUCGCACCUUUUUCUUCACUGGCCUGCGCAGCCCUAAGGUGCCUCACGGAAUGACUGUGGUUGCCCACGGCGACGACCGUCCAGUUUGGUUGAUGUACGAGACAGUGCGUCACCUCCACCAGCACUACGGCUCUGACUAUGACUGGUUCUUCCUAGCUCAGGAUGACACCUACAUGCAAGCAAAUCGUCUGUCAGAGCUGGUGGGCCAUCUCAGUGCAGGUCAAGACCUGUAUAUGGGCAGGGCGGAGGAGUUUAUAGGUGGAGAAGAGAAAGCACGCUAUUGCCAUGGGGGCUAUGGCUACCUGCUGUCUCGCAGUCUGCUGGCCCGUCUGCAGCCCCACCUUGACACCUGCCGUAAUGACAUCCUCAGUGUGAGGCCUGAUGAGUGGCUGGGCCGCUGCAUUAUUGAUUACCUGGGUCUCAGUUGCGUGGAGGUGCACCAGGAGAUGACCUAUCAUUACUUUGAGCUCGGGAAAAACGCAGAUCCAGAGCGCGAAGAUAGUGUACAGUUUAAAAAUGCCUUCACAGUCCAUCCUAUAUCGGAACCAAAUCUCAUGUACCGCCUGCACAAACGCUUCAGCCAGAUUGAGCUGGAAUGGACUUACCUACAGAUUCAACAGCUGCAGGUGCAGAUCAACAACCUGAGUGACCUGACGCCAGAGGGUAAAGCUGGAGUCACGUGGCCUAUCGGUAUUAACCCUCCCUUCAAACCUAAAACCCGCUUCGAGGUUAUAAACUGGGAGUACUUUACUGAGGAUCAUAUUUACUCGUGCAUUGACAGCUCCCCAAAGUGCGAGAUGAGGGGGGCUGACCGUGCAGAUGUAAACGCAGUUCUGGAGAUUGCCGUGGAGCGUCUGAAUGAACGCUACCAGCCCCAGCUACGCUUCCGCAAGCGGCGACUACUUAACGGUUACCGGCGCUUUGAUCCCACGCGUGGUAUGGAGUAUGUGCUGGACCUCGCGCUGGAGGCCUACACCCAGAAAGGCCACAGUCAAGUCAUUGCGAAACGGGUUAACUUGUUGCGACCUCUAAGUGCAGUUGAGAUUAUCCCCAUGCCCUAUGUGACGGAGGCAACACGGGUGCAGGUCAUCCUACCUGUCACUGCCCAGGAUCAGGACUAUGUUGGUAACUUCCUCGACAUGUAUGUGAUGAACACUUUGGACACCCACGACAAUGUUUUACUCACGUUCUUGUUCAUCUAUGAUCCCUUUGAUGCCCAGCGAGUCAGCCAGACCGAUGUGUUUGCCGGCAUUAAGGCCAUGAUAGGGGAGGUGGAGAAGCGCUACGGAGACGUGAAGAUCCCCUGGAUCAGCGUGAAGACGGAGGUGCCCUCGCAGGUCAAGCUGAUGGACAUCAUCUCUAAGAAGCAUCCAGUGGACACGCUGUUUUUCCUCGCAGGUGUGUGGACAGAGGUCAAUGCCGACUUCCUGAACCGGUGCAGAAUGAACGCCAUCAGCAACUGGCAGAUCUUCUUCCCCAUCCACUUCCAAGAGUACAGUCCUGCCGUCAUGUACCGCGACCAGCAGCCCUCUGCCGCCUCCUCGUCUUUCGCUUCUGAGUCCCUGCGAGACGGCCACUUUGACCGCCAGGUCUUCGACGAGGCUUGCUUUUACAAUGCGGACUACAUGACGGCGCGGACCAAGAUGGCUGCUGACAUCUUGGACAACGAGGAGCUGCUGGAAAGCAUGGACGUGUACGACAUAUUUGUCCGUUACUCGGGCCUACAUGUGUUCAGAGCUGUCGAGCCGGCGCUGAUCCAGAAAUACGUGCGGCGAGCGUGCAACCCACGAUUCAGUGAGGAUAUCUACCACCGCUGUGUCCUCAGCAACCUGGAGGGUCUGGGGUCUCGCUCACAUCUAGCUAUGGCUCUUUUUGAACAAGAGCAAGCCAACAGCACCUAAGAAGCCUGUUGGGGAAGCUUCAAAAAUACUGUCUGGACUAAAGGGUACUCACGCAGAAUAAUGUGAAUUAUAAUAUGGUACUUUUGUGAUUCAUACACUGAAAUGUGCGCCCUUGUAUUUAGCAGAAAGAGGUCAGGAUCAGCUCGAGAACAGCAUCGUCUUGCCCUUGGACACUUUGACAGAGCAAAUGUGUGCUGAUGCAUAAAUUCCUCCGGCUGAAAAUCUCUCUACUCAGUAUUUAUGAGUACUUCUGGAUUAUGAGUCAAUAACUUUGACUCUGUCGUGACUCGUGUCUAGACGACCUCUGAGUCAUGGAGAUGUUUAAGCGUGGACUGCUGUUACAUACUGUCGGACUACUUGUAUUCCUGCCGUUGAUGUAUUCUUACAGGAGCCGAGCAACAAUAUUUAUACUCCCAAUUAAAAAGAAAUAUAGGAGGUUGUGUUUUGAAAUAUUAAAUGAACAAAGGCCUUCAUUGUUGAUGGAAACACUUGAGCCAUAAGUCUUCCUUAUGUGAAGACAUUUAAGAUACUGGAAACAGUCUGAAGCCGUUGGCUGCCUUUUCUUUUCUUUUUUUUAAAGAGGUAUUAAAGAGUGUUAUUUCCGUU